CUUCAGUGCUCCCGCAUCGUACCCCUCACUCCUCCUUGUGGUUGUCUCUCAGCGCGCGUGCGAGGACGCAGACGCACGUCGGGUUUGCAGCUUAAUCGUAUCCGCCAUGGACGCGGCAGCAUCACAGCUGGUCUACUGCGGAAUCGAGGCCCCCCGACGCGCGUUUCUCCCUCGCCGCGGCUUUUCUCCUUCACGGAGGGUGCCGAAUUGCCGCCGCCUUCCAACGACAACUAGGAUUCGCAGACCCAGCGGCGUUGUUCUCGCGGUGGCCGCCGAGCCCAAGCCUCCCGAGACGCAGCCUUCUUCGUCCAAACUCGUCAAUGGGUCUGCGUCGCCCAAAUCAAUCAACGGAGUCUCUACGAGAAUUGGAGAUGUUUCACAGGAGAUUAGAAAAGUAAGAGCACAGAUGGAAGAAGAUGAACAGUUGGCAAUACUUAUGAGAGGUCUACGGGGACAAAAUUUGAGGGAUUCACAGUUUGCUGAUGACGGUGUUCAGCUUCGUCUAGUUGAGGUAGAUGAAAGCAGUGAGUCUCUGCCACUGGUGUAUGAUCCUGUCAGCAUCGCUUCAUACUGGGGAAAAAGGCCACGUGCUGUUGCAACACGUAUUAUCCAAUUACUCUCUGUUGCUGGGGGGUUUCUUUCACGGUUGGCCUGGGAUGUGAUAAACAAGAAAGUCGAAGAGAAUGAAGUUGCUCGAGCCAUAGAGCUAAGGGAGAUUGUAACCUCCUUGGGUCCAGCAUAUAUAAAACUGGGGCAAGCAUUGAGCAUUCGACCAGAUAUACUGUCACCUGCUGCAAUGGUGGAGCUGCAAAAGCUCUGUGAUAAGGUUCCUUCAUUUCCAGAUGAUGUAGCUAUGGCUCUUAUUGAGGAGGAACUCGGUCAGCCAUGGUAUAAUAUGUAUUCUGAGCUUACACCUUCACCUAUUGCUGCAGCAUCUCUUGGACAAGUAUAUAAAGGCCGGCUAAAGGAAAAUGGAGAUUUGGUGGCUGUUAAAGUGCAGAGGCCUUUUGUUCUUGAGACAGUCACAAUUGAUUUGUACGUUAUACGGAAUUUGGGAUUGGUUCUUAGGAAGUUUCCUCAGAUCUCUAUUGAUGUGGUUGGAUUGGUUGAUGAAUGGGCUUCCCGUUUCUUCGAGGAGCUUGAUUAUGUUAGUGAGGGUGAAAAUGGAGUGCUCUUUUCUGAAAUGAUGAAAAAGGACCUUCCACAAGUGGUUGUACCAAAAACAUACCAUAAAUAUACUUCACGGAAGGUUCUUACUACUGGAUGGAUAGAAGGAGAGAAGCUGUCACAAAGUACAGAAAGUGAUGUUGGGGAACUGGUCAAUGUCGGAGUCAUAUGUUACCUAAAGCAGUUGCUUGAUACUGGACUUUUCCAUGCCGACCCACAUCCUGGAAAUUUGAUCCGCACACCAGAUGGGAAGCUAGCUAUACUAGACUUUGGCCUAGUCACAAAAUUAACUGAUGAUCAGAAGUAUGGAAUGAUUGAAGCAAUUGCUCACCUUAUUCAUCGGGAUUAUGAAGCUAUAGUCAAAGAUUUUGUUAAACUUGAUUUCAUUCCAGAAGGGGUUAACUUGGCACCCAUUUUGCCUGUCCUGGCUAAAGUUUUUGAUCAGGCACUUGAAGGUGGAGGAGCAAAAAAUAUCAACUUUCAGGAGCUGGCAUCUGAUUUGGCACAAAUAACAUUUGAUUAUCCAUUUAGGAUACCCCCUUAUUUUGCUCUUAUAAUUAGAGCAAUAGGAGUAUUAGAAGGCAUAGCAUUAGUAGGAAAUCCUGAUUUUGCAAUUGUAGAUGAAGCCUAUCCGUACAUUGCACAGAGGCUUCUGACUGAUGAAUCCCCACGCCUAAGAAGUGCUUUACGCUACACGAUAUAUGGAAAAUAUGGAGUUUUUAAUGCUGAAAGAUUCAUUGAUGUCAUGCAAGCCUUUGAGAAUUUCAUAACUGCAGCUAAAAGUGGUGGUGGUGAAAAAUUGAAUGGCGAUAUGGCUGAACUUGGCAUCCUGAAAAGUCAAGCAAGUCAUGUCUUUCCUGGGUUUCCAUUAAGUGCCUUGCAAACAGGGCAGCCAAUUCAAACAAGGGUAGCCUUAACCUUUUUGCUGUCUGAAAAGGGGAAUUUUUUCCGAGAAUUUAUUCUAGAUGAGAUUGUGAAGGGUGUUGAUGCAGUAACAAGGGAACAGUUGGUGCAAAUAAUGGCAAUCCUUGGAAUUCGAAAUGCUGCUCCUAUUUUUAGUAUGGUUCCUGUUCUUGGCCCUAUCAGGCCUGCAGCAUUCCUACCAACAAUAACCGAGGAGGACAAAGUUAUACUGAACAAUGUUCAAAAAAUUGUUGAAUUCUUAACUGCAGGAAGUUCGUUGUCAAGAGCAUCUAAUCAGGAUUUUAAUGUUACUCAGGUUGUGCAAGAACUACUUCCAGUGUUGCCAGGCAUCUCAGCCCAAGUGCUUCCUGAGGUGCUGAGCCGGUUAUCUUCCCGGGUAUUGUCGCGCAUUAUCCGGGAUGUAUUUUUGUAAUUGUGUAGGCUGCAUGCUAACUGCUCGGGUCCCCUAAAAUGUGUAUAUGUCAAUAACUGAAAUCAAUUUUUAAGUGGAAAGUAGUUUUCCUCCAUAUAUCAUGUGUUCUCCAGCCCUUGGCCAAUGUUGAGACGUAACUGGGUUCAGUUGAAUUGAGGUUAACUUUGCAUUAGAAACCAAUUGUGUGUCGUGGCCUAUGCUCUUUUAGUUGGCCUUACCAUUCAGACGAGCUCUGAUGGGGAGUCUGAAUGUUGUUAACAUUGGCCUUUGUGCAUAAAGUCAUCUGUUGUGUAUAUCCAUUUCUGCUCUGAAGCCUACAGGAGUUCCAUCUAAUUUUCAUCCAAAUCAAAACAUCAACUGCUUGGAUAAAAGUCAAGGCCUUUUCCAGCUAGGUGUGCCAUUUCAUCUUCUUUCAUGGUGUUAUGGUGAUACGAGAACGACACUCAAAAGAACUACGAAUGUUCUGCUAGUACACUGUUAUCAACAACUGCUGAUCAAGCGGCCCUUGUCCUUUGUUACACAUUGCCCACCUUGCAGUAUGAUGCAAUUUCUGCUACCAAGAGAUGUACUGUUGAAAUGGUUAUGUUUAUGAAGGAAAAAAAAAAGGGACUUCAAAAUGCUGUGUCUGCUGCCAUUUUUUUGAGAAGAUGGAUUGAAUAUUGAUUUCCUUUUCUGCAUUUGUGCAAAUCGGAUUGCCCACAUGAUUUCACCUACCUGUAUCCCUCGUCAGAUAUGGACCCUCAGCUGCCCUCAAAAGUUUUGUUUGGAAUAUGAAUUUUAGUCUUGGAUUUGGGUUUC